AUGACCACAACCAUACUAACUGAUGAUUUGGUGGUGGAGAUCUUGUCUCGGCUGCCACUGAAGUCUUUUUGCCGUUUCAAAUGUGUCUCCAAGUCUUGGCUUGCCUUCUCAUCUGAUUUGCACUACCGCCAGAAGCUCCCUAGAACUCCUGUCGGUCUUCUGUACCAAAAAAGAGAGCAUGACACUGCCAUCCAUCUUGCGGGACUUCCCUCAAGUGACAGGGAUAUUGACACAACACUUAGCUUUGUGCCAUGUACUAAGCAUCCCUUAGAGCUUAAGUAUUGCAGCAAUGGCCUAGUGCUUUGUUAUCAUGGUGGUAUGUCCUCGAAAGAAAUUUCCGACGCCAUCGUGUGCAAUCCAGCAACUCAAGAGUGGAUGACACUUCCAGAUACUGAACCUGGACCAGCCGUCUCUUAUGCUCAUCUCAACACUUCUAUGUCUUCAAAUUUGAGUCAAGCUCAAGCCCAAAUGGUGGAUAUGACACUAAAGUUAAGGACCUUUCGGUUGCCAGGGUUUCCAUAUGGACCAGAUCAGAGGUUUUAUUGCUUUGACGGGCGUCUUUGCCAGUCAUCUGGGGUCUUAUGUUACGCACAACAAGAAUCGGAUGGUUGCAUGAUCCAAAUUUGGAGUUUGGAAGGAUCUGAUAGGUGGGUGGUGAAGCGUCGUCUAAGUAUGAACAAUGUAUUUGGGAGGGACAUAAUGCUCCGUACUAGCAAUGACGGAUUUUGGUAUUUUGAUUAUGAAAUCCUGGCAUUUGACUUGGAGAGAGAGCUAGUUAUCCUUGCCGACACAAUUGCUAAUAAUAAGAUCAUCUCAUAUAGCAUCAGUACUGGAAAAGUCUGCCAGAUUCUAAACAUUCCAAGGUUCAUUGACCUGUAUCGAAGUCUACUCUAUGUGCCAUACUAUGGCAAGUUUCCAGCCUCUGUGUUUCAUGGAGCUCAAGACAAAUGUUAG